UAUGAUUCUUCCCUGCCACAGAAAUUAAUUACACUUAUCCCAUUAUUAUAAUUAAUAUUAUUCCACAAAUUUACUCGAUCGGUAGUUAAUCAUUGCUCACUGUAUAAACAACACUGGGUAGUGUGUACCCAACAAAUUCUUUGCCAAAAAAAUGGGUUCUGCUGCUGUAACAGCAGAAUUAUCCCUUACCGACGGAAAACUGUUAGUUUCCGGCAACUGCAUUCUCACCGGAAUUCAUGACAAUAUUUUUCUAACACAAGCCCAGACCAAUAACGGCACUUUCAUCGGCGUUAAAUCUGAUCGGCGUGGCAGCCGCGCAGUUUUUCCAGUUGGAAAACUCAAGGGUUUAAGAUUUUUGUGCCUUUACCGAUUCAAGUUAUGGUGGAUGACUCAGUUGAUGGGGACACGUGGACGGAAUAUUCCCCGUGAGACUCAGUUUUUAAUGGUGGAGGUACCAAAUAAUACUUCUGAUCAAUCAGUAAACUACGUCGUUUUACUGCCGAUUCCCGAAGGGGAUUUCAGGGCUGUUCUUCAGGGAAACGCAAAUGAUGAGUUGGAGAUUUGCUUAGAAAGUGGUGAUCCUUCUAUUCAAGAAUAUGAAGGGAGACACUUGGUUUACGUAGCGGUUGGACCCGACCCGUUUUACUUGAUCGAGAAUUCGGUGAAGUAUUUGGAAACUCAUUUGCAGACAUUCUGCCACCGUGAUAGCAAAGAGAUGCCCGAUAUGCUGAACUGGUUCGGAUGGUGCACGUGGGAUGCUUUUUAUACUGAUGUUACAGCUGAGGGAGUUAAGCAAGGAAUUCAAAGUUUGGAGAAAGGUGGAGCUCCCCCGAAAUUCGUUAUCAUUGAUGAUGGAUGGCAGUCGGUCGGUAUGGAUGCUACUAGUACCGAAGCCAAAUUUGAUGACACUGCCAAUUUUGCAAAUCGAUUAACUCACAUCAAAGAAAAUCACAAGUUCCGAAAAGAAAACGGGGGGAGUGAAACGGGAUUUUCACAAAUUAUUACCGAGAUCAAAGACCAAUUCGCUCUUAAGUACGUUUACAUCUGGCAUGCAAUAGUGGGUUACUGGGGUGGUGUUAACCCUGGUGUUCCCGAAAUGGCUAAGUACGAGCCGGAGAUAGUAACCGCGGUUCCGUCACCCGGGGUUGAGUCGAAUGGCGUUUGUUUCGUUUUGAAGAGCAUUAUGAAAAACAGAGUUGGCCUAGUCAACCCGGAUAAAGUCAACGCCUUCUAUAACAAUCUGCACUCUUACCUUGCUUCUGCUGGUAUCGAUGGAGUUAAAGUCGAUAAUCAAAGCAUACUCGAAACACUUGGGGCUGGAUUUGGCGGGAGAGUGCGACUCGCGAGAAAAUACCACGAAGCACUGGAGACGUCCGUUUCUAGAAACUUCAAGAAUAAUGCGAUUAUUUCUUGCAUGAGUCACAGCACAGAUGCAUUGUACAGUGCGAAGAAAGCUGCUGUUAUUCGAGCAUCGGAUGAUUUCUUUCCGAGAGAUCCAGCGUCACACACAAUUCAUAUAGCAUCAGUUGCUUACAAUAGUAUUUUUUUAGGAGAAUUUAUGCAGCCUGAUUGGGAUAUGUUUCAUAGCCUACAUCCUAUGGCCGAAUACCACGGCGCAGCUCGUGCUAUUGGAGGCUGUCCAAUCUAUGUCAGUGACAAACCUGGGAACCAUGAUUUUGACGUGUUGAAAAGGCUCGUCCUUUACGAUGGAUCCACUCUGAGGGCCAAAUUCCCUGGAAAACCAACAACAGAUUGCUUGUUUUCUGAUCCUACCCGAGAUGGAAAAAGUCUUUUGAAAAUCUGGAAUAUGAACGAUUUCAGUGGAGUUAUCGGGGUUUUCAAUUGUCAAGGAGCUUCGUGGUGUCGAGAUAGUAUAAGCAAUAUAAUCCACAACGAAAACCCAGAAACAAUUUCCACCACCGUCCAAUCGACAGAUGUUCCUUAUAUUCGUGGCAUUGCUAAUGAUAGCACAUGGAACGGAAAUUGCAUUAUGUAUUCCCAUAAGAGCGGUAAACUUAAUUAUGUGACAGGGCAUAAUAAAUCCGUGGCCAUCGAACUGAAAGCUCGAGAAUACGAAGUGUUCACGGUGGUUCCUGUUAAUCAACUCCCCGAUGGAACUGAAUUUGCUCCGAUAGGCCUCGUCAAUAUGUUCAAUUCUGGCGGGGCGAUAAAACAAGUACGCUACGAAUAUUCUAAGGAAAUUAAUAUUGGAACGAAUUACGUUUGUCUGAGAGUUCGUGGGAGUGGAAUUUUCGGUGCCUAUGUUUCUGUAAAGGCCAAAAGGUUAGUAAUCGACGACAAGGAUGAGGAAUUCGAUUAUGACGAAAACUCGGGAUUUCUCACUUUCAAUUUACGAGUACCGGAACUGGAGUUAUACGAAUGGAACUUGAAAAUUGAACUCUGAUUCAAACUAUUCAUUUUUUUUUCUCAAUUUUUUUUUUAAAAAUAAGUUUUGAUUGGCUUUUCACUUGUGCAAAGAUUGCAUAUGCGAAUCAAGAUUCGAUUCUAAGUACAUUGGAUAGUUAACUGACUCCUUAAAUCUUUAUUUUAUGGUCCAAAACAAUAUUGUCCGUUAAAUUAAAGUAAUAUUGUAUAAUCAUAUCAGAUAUUCGGCAGAAGUUCACGAGUUACCAGUUAGUGUA